AUGAAGCUAGAAUACAACAUUCCACAAGGCUGUACAAAUUCUCUACCCUGGGGUUUCUCCACACCAACAAUAUGCCUGUGGGAACCUAUCAACAUUGAAAUAUCUCUCGAAGAUGACGAUAUGGAUAUGGUGGGACUCGAAACUCGGCUGCGCCUCAUUGGCGCCAUUCACCUAGACCGAUAUCAAUCUGUGGUUCGGCAUGGCACUGUUGAAUUUACGGGUGUUCACGUUCAUACAGAUGAAAUCCUCAAUAUCUCCAAGAGCGUCGUCCUCAAAACUAGGAGGACUUCCACCACCAUUGAUCUCACAUCUCUCGGUGUGGAUGUCUCACAACUUCCGUCAUCGCUCGAUAUCGUCGGCCACUCCUCCCGUGAUGAAGAUCAAUUACUUUCCACUGAAGCUCCAAUGCAGAAACUUUCGGUAAGAUACAGAUUGAGCGUGGAGACGCCUUCGAAGCACGGCCGCAAAAAGCAUUCACAGCGAGAACUUCGGGUGUUAGGGACGAGUCUGAGCCAGCGGGAAUGUCGUCUCGAAGUCGCCAUGCUCUGGCCUAAAGCAGGCUACUCCGAUACGUUGUCUUUGCAGCAGAGUACCAAGCACUUGCAAUUCUUAAAGUUGCCAUGUUCCUGUCCACCAGCCCCAAGGUCUCUCGUUGUUGAUGUGUUGAGCUACGAGCCAUUUAUAAUUCAGCAACAAACAGAAUUCGCAACCGCGAAGAUCGUACUUGGCCUGAAGUAUAGCUUGACAAGUCAUGAACAAGGAGUCCCUUCAUAUCCCUUCAUGUCUGCAUCCUGGACACUACAGUCUACAACGGAAAUGCUGAAUCCUCCGUUCAAUCACCAAGAAACAUCGAUAAAGCUUCAUGACGCUGUUAUACUCAGCGGUGCAAAGCACAAGAUCACCAGCUCAAACUGGCACCAAGCCAAAUCCGAGGCCGAUGAAGUGGAAUGGACAGAUAAGCAGGAACUGUGCUUGGCUGCCCCGAUACGCCGAUUCUUCGCCCCGACCUUCUUUAGCGAUAAACUUCAACACACUUACAACCUGAAAUUGAAGAUGUGUUCUCGCUUACCUGGGGGUAUUUUUGGUCACCGAACCCAGAGUAUGGAAUUCAACCUGCCAGUCACGGUGGUUAACGAAGCUCCAGGCUAUGGUAGUGACCAGUCGCCUCCUGGGUACGAGUGUUAA